AUGCAUUUUUCCUUCUUUCUUUCUUUCUUUCUUUCUUUCUUUCUUUCUUUCUUUCCUUUUAUUGUUUCUUCCUUUUCUUUAUUUUCCUUUCUUUCUAUCCUUUAUUUCCGACUUCCUUCCUUCUUGUCAUCCUUUAUUUAUUUCUCCAUUUUCUUUUUUCUCUUUCUCCCUUUCUUCCAUUCCUUCCUUCUUUUCUUUCACUCUUUAUUCCUUUUAUUCUAUCUGCCUUUCCUUCAUUUCUUCCUUUACUCCUUCAUUUCGUCCUUCAUUAAUUCUUUCCCUCUUUCAUUUUAUUCAUUCAUUCAUUCAUCUCCUACUUACUUUCAUUUUGUCUUUUCUUUCUUUCUUUCUUUCUUUCUUUUUUAUUUUUUUCUUUGCCUUUCCUCCCUUCUCUUACUUCUUCCAUUUUUCCCUUCCUUCUUUUCUUUCCUUCUUCCUUCCUUUCAUUUCUUUCUUUCUUUCUUUCUUUCUUUCUUUCUUUCUUUCUUUCUUUCUUUCUUUCUUCUCUUCUCUUCUCUUCUCUUAUUUCUUCUCUCCCUUCCUUCUUACUUUCCUUCCUUCUUUCCUUUCUUACCUUCUUUAUUUCUUUCAUUUCUUCCUCCCUCCAUUCUCUCUUUCUUUCUUUUCUUUCAUUUCUUCCUUUUCUGCCUCCCUCCAUUCUUUCUUUCUUUCUUUCUUUCUUUCUUUCUUUCUUUCUUUCUUUCAGUAUCUACUGAUUGA